AUAUUUAAUACAUCAGAAGCUAGUUAGCGUUAGCUGUUUACAAGCCCAAACUUUUAACUUGAGACGGAAACGUAAAGCAAGCCCUCAACACAACCGAACAUGAAUGUAAUAGAUCAUGUACGGGAUAUGGCUGCCGCUGGCCUUCACUCUAAUGUCCGGAUAUUGAGCAGUUUGUUGUUGACGAUGAGUAAUAACAAUCCAGAGCUGUUCUCACCGGCCCAGAAGUACCAGAUGUUGGUUUACCAUGCUGAUGCCAUCUUCCAUGAUAAAGAGUAUCGUAAUGCUGCCUGCAAAUACAGUAUGGCUCUGCAACAGAAGAAGGUGCUCAGCAAAACGUCUAAAGUUCGUACUUCUACUGGUGGAGCCGCAUCUAACAUACAGGCACAGAGUUUGCCAUCAGAGAUUGAGGUGAAGUACAAGAUAGCUGAGUGCUACACCAUAUUGAAACUGGAUAAAGAUGCCAUUGCAGUGCUCGAUGGGAUUCCAUCCAGACAGAGGACUCCGAAGAUCAACAUGAUGCUAGCUAACCUGUACAGGAAAGCUGGCCAGGAGCGCUCUGCAGUGACGAGCUACAAAGAGGUCCUCAGACAGUGUCCCCUCGCCCUGGAUGCAAUCAUUGGUCUUCUCUCUUUAUCAGUCAAAGGAGCUGAAGUGGCGUCCAUGACUAUGGAUGUGAUCCAGAGUAUCCCCAACCUGGACUGGCUCUCUGUUUGGGUCAAAGCAUAUGCCUUCAUACACGCGGGGGACAAUCAAAGAGCCAUCAACACUAUUUGCUCUCUUGAGAAGAAGUCUCUGUUGCGGGACAACGUAGACCUCCUGGUGAGCCUGGCAGAUGUCUACUUCAGGGCAGGUGACACCAAGAACGCCAUCCUCAAAUUUGAACAAGCCCAGAUGCUGGACCCAUACCUCAUCAAAGGAAUGGAUGUUUAUGGGUACCUGAUGGCCCGUGAAGGACACUUGGAGGAUGUUGAAGUCCUUGGGGGACGAUUAUUUAAUAUCUCGGACCAGCAUGCAGAACCCUGGGUGAUCUCUGGUUGUCACAGCUUUUAUAGCAAGCGUUACUCCAGAGCCCUCUACCUGGGAGCCAAGGCCAUCCAGCUGAACAGCAACAGCGUGCAGGCUCUCCUCCUGAAGGGUGCAGCGCUGAGAAACAUGGGUCGUGUUCAGGAAGCCAUCAUCCAUUUCAGAGAGGCCAUGCGCUUGGCACCCUGCAGGCUCGACUGCUACGAAGGUCUGAUCGACUGUUACCUGGCAUCCAAUGGGAUCCGAGAGGCUAUGGGAAUGGCCAAUAACAUCUAUAAGACUCUGGGGGCCAACGCACAGACUCUGACCAUCCUUGCCACAGUGUGCCUGGAAGACCCGGUGACUCAGGAGAAAGCCAAAACCCUGCUGGACAAAGCACUGGCCCAGAGACCGGACUACACCAAGGCUGUGGUCAAAAAGGCUGAAUUGCUCAGUCGGGAACAGAAAUAUGAAGAAGGGAUCGCUCUCCUCCGUAACGCCCUGGCCAAUCAGAGUGACUGUGUCCUGCACAGAAUGCUGGGAGAUUUUCUGGUGGCUGUAAACGAUUACCAAGAAGCCAUGGAUCAGUACAGCAUAGCACUAAGCUUGGAUCCCAAUGACCAGAAGUCUUUAGAAGGCAUGCAGAAGAUGGAGAAGGAGGAGAGUCCCACAGAUGCCACGGUGGAGCUGGACGGUGACGACAUGGAGGGCAGCGGAGAGGACGGAGACCUUGAGGGCAGUGACAGUGAAGCAGCGCAGUGGGCGGAUCAGGAACAGUGGUUUGGUAUGCAGUGACCCCGGCCACUGAAGGAUACACAGUCAGUUCCACCUUCCAAACACACUGAAGCCUGUCAGAAGCUUUCAGCCACCAGGGUUGUCGAACAGGACACUCUAAUGCGGUUUCCCCAACAUCCUGACAGCCUUAUCAGCCACAUCACAGCGGAGCUAAUUGAGGCGCGUUUGCUCGUCUGUAGCGCUGCCUAAUACAGUCUUACCAGAGGACACUCAACCCCACAGACAAUCAAGACGUGUUAAACACCUUGAUUGUUCAAUGUUUGAAAAAAAAAUAAGAUGCUUUGGGUGUUUCUUCAGCACUUCUUUCUUUUGUCACUCCGGCGGUCUGCGGCUGCCUGAAUGAAUGCAUCGUUGUCCCAGGCGGGGCAAAGUACAACUUAAAGUUAAAUAUUUAAUUACAAAGUGAGUGUCAGUGUAUUAAAAAAACCCUGCCUUUUUGAGGUUGAGUUGUUCCCAGGUAAGAUGUACUUGGGGGGGGGGGGGGAUGUAGACUGAAGCAACUGGUGUUAUGGGAAAUUUUGUUCAGGCCAAGAUGGCUGGAGUUAUCCUUCACAUGUGUCACAGGAGGGACUGCAAAGAUUUUAAAUGUGUGUUUUGUUUGAGCCUGUCCGACUCACUUGUUUGCCAACGACUUCUUCGUCUUUAACAGGCAAACUAGAGGUCUAUGAAAAAGUGACUAUGUACCAUAUUUCUGCUGCUCUUUGAAAUGUAUCCUCUUCAUUUUAACAUGAGAAUGUGUCAUAUAAUGUACAUGCUUAUCAUUUUAUGUGUGUUGUCUUUUGAGUCUGCCUUUAUGUAUCAAAAAAAUAAUACUAUGAUUGACUCAUUCUUAAGUUGGGAAGUGUUACUUAACCAUUUCAGGACAACUGUUUAUAGUAUUUUGUACAUAUUUUUAAAGUGUAUAAUAAAAUGAUUAAACACUCUCACUUGACAUAAA